CGCGGCCGGAGCGCGGCGGAGGGACCGGGGGGAACCGGGAGGGGCCCGAGGGGUCCCGGCGGGGCCGAGCCGCCCCCGGCACGUCCCGCAGCGCCUCGGCGCCACUCCCAGGCGGCUCCCGGGGCCGAUCCCGGUGUCGUUCUCGUUCCCGAGGCCGUUCCCGGUUCUGGGCGCCGGUGCGGCCGCCAUGGGCCGCCGCAAGUCGAAGCGGAAGCCGCCGCCCAAGAAGAAGAUGACGGGGACGCUGGAGACGCAGUUCACGUGUCCCUUCUGCAACCACGAGAAGUCCUGCGACGUCAAGAUGGACCGCGCCCGGAACACCGGGGUGAUCUCGUGCACCGUGUGCCUGGAGGAGUUCCAGACCCCCAUCACCUACCUGUCGGAGCCCGUGGACGUUUACAGCGACUGGAUCGACGCCUGCGAGGCGGCCAACCAGUGACACCGGGGACACCGGGAGGGGACACGGGCCCGGUGACACCCCCGGGCCCGCUGGGGGGGUGACAUUCCGUGACUCGUCCGUGUCCCCUCGGUGGCGCCCGGUGCGGGGAGAGCAGCGCGGCAAUAAACGGCCCGGGAUGGUGGCCCCGGUGUCCCCUCGGUGUCCCCCCAUUGUCCCCCCAUUGUCCCC